GAUCAUGUGGUGCGGCGGGAGGAAGUGCGGCUUGUUUUCCCGGCUGGGCUCUGGAGCGGCGGCCGCGGCGCAAUGCGCCGGUACCCGGGAGCCGGAGGCUGCGAGCCCCGAUGAAGCCCGAGCGGCCCCAGCCCGAUGGAGGCGCCUCUCUGGGAGCCGGGGCGCAACGAGUCGCUGCCGCCCACGCUGAGCCCCGCGGUGCCGCCCUACGUGAAGCUCGGCCUCACCGCCGUCUACACCGCCUUCUACGCGCUCCUCUUCGUGUUCAUCUACGCGCAGCUCUGGCUGGUGCUGCGCUACCGCCACAAGCGGCUCAGCUACCAGAGCGUCUUCCUCUUCCUCUGCCUCUUCUGGGCCUCGCUGCGCACCGUGCUUUUCUCCUUUUACUUCCGAGACUUUGUGGCAGCCAACUCCUUCAGCCCCUUCGUUUUCUGGCUGCUCUACUGCUUCCCCGUGUGCCUGCAGUUCUUCACCCUCACGCUCAUGAACUUGUACUUCACGCAGGUGAUUUUCAAGGCCAAGUCCAAAUAUUCUCCAGAGUUACUCAAAUAUCGGUUACCUCUCUACCUGGCCUCGCUUUUCAUCAGCCUUGUUUUCCUGUUGGUGAAUCUGACCUGUGCUGUGCUGGUGAAGACAGGAAACUGGGAAAGGAAGGUUAUCGUCUCCGUGAGAGUGGCCAUCAAUGACACACUCUUUGUGCUGUGUGCCAUCUCUCUCUCCAUUUGCCUCUACAAAAUCUCCAAGAUGUCCCUGGCCAACAUCUACCUGGAGUCAAAGGGCUCUUCGGUGUGUCAGGUGACUGCCACUGGUGUCACCGUCAUCUUGCUCUACACCUCUCGGGCCUGCUACAACCUGUUCAUUUUGUCGUUUUCUCAGAUCAGGAAUGUCCACUCCUUUGAUUAUGACUGGUACAAUGUAUCAGACCAGGCAGAUCUGAAGAGCCAGCUGGGCGAUGCCGGCUACAUAGUUUUUGGUGUGGUGCUUUUCGUGUGGGAGCUCUUACCCACCACCUUGGUGGUCUAUUUCUUCAGAGUCAGAAAUCCCACGAAGGACCUUACCAACCCUGGGAUGGUCCCCAGCCAUGGAUUCAGUCCCAGGUCCUAUUUCUUUGACAACCCCCGAAGAUAUGACAGUGAUGACGAUCUUGCCUGGAACAUUGCCCCUCAGGGACUUCAGGGAAGGACUUCUCCGAGCCUACCCAGAGAGAGCCAGAGCAUUUGCUGCUCCAGUCACUCAGUGGAACGUGACCUGGGACAUCCGGGCAGACAUCUCGGAUCCUCUUCUAAAGCCAGAGAAUACAUGAACAAUAAUCACUAGAGCGAAUGUAUUAUAAGAACCAGUAUUUGAAAUUUGUCAUUCUUAAGUACUUAUUGACUAAGAUCACAAGUGUCAUCUCACUCAUUGUUUGCUACAGUCCUGUGAGGUCGGUAUAAUUGAGUUCUCAUGGUUCAAGAUCUGUGGGAAUCCCUUUCCUAGGUAAGCAAUGUGGCUGGCCCUGGUGCAUACCUCAGUGCCAGAGUACAUGGGAACUGCCUCCUUUCUUGAAAAUCCACUUGCAACCUGGGCUCAGUCUCUUUUAGGGUGGGUAUUUACACACAGUAGCAUUCACAAUGGGGGGGGUGUGUGUGUGCGUGCUCAAGAUAGUAAACAAGCUGUACCUGGUGCCUUCAGCUAGACCCAGAGUCUGGAUAACAGCGAGGAAGAGGAGGAAGGGAAGCCCUCCUAGCCAGGGCCAGGAGCAGCCCUAGCUGCCCAAUGUUCCUCCUCUCCCUGUGCACCUGGAUCUGCCUGGCGCUCAGAAAGCUCAUUGGUUUGGGCUGUGUGUGUGCUGUCUCAGUGGGGAGGGAGGAGAGCCCUGAUCAGAUAAGAAAAUAAGGUAGCAGGGGAAAGCGCAGAGCAGCAGAGGUCACGUACAGAUUCUGGAAGCAAGCCAACAUACAAAGCUUUCUCAGGGUCAAAGCCAUCCUCCGAGAGUCUGAGCUUCACCUCUUCCCAAACUGUUCUCUCAGCUAGCACCCCACUGUUUCACCCUGGGACCCCACCCGAGCAUCCCUAACCAUGACUUGCCAGAAGUUGCCAAGAGUAGAGAGGGAAUACUCAGCCUGUGCAGAGCAAGACAAGACCCUUCUGUGAUAGAGGAAAAUGAAAAGUGUCGAGUUCAAACGGUAUCUCAGAUGUUGCUCUUGAGGACUUUUGUUGUUCACUCAACCCUGACUACAGCCUAACAAGGAAGUUGCUAAUGCCACUCCUGUUCCACAGAUGAGGAAACUUCAGACACAGAAAUUCUCUAUCCAAAACACAUGGCCACUGAACUGUAAGACAAUUUUUUGCCGAAACUGUGUUCUCCACAGUGGCUAGUUUUAGGUUCUAGUAGUUGCAAACUUCUGAGCUCUGCAGGGUUUGGUAGACUUGAAUGCAGGCUGCCAGCAGUGUGACUAGCUGUUUGGUGGGAAAUGGGCUUCCAGACACCAGCCUGAAAAACCCAAGUCUAUUGCUAAAGUACACAUGCCACUUAUAUAUAACACACUGUGUUAAGCCACUAAACUGGUUUUGUUUGUUUGUUUAAAGUUUUGCUCCGGACUACUAUGACUGGGGACAGCAAACUAACAGCUUCCUGGCACAAGCAGGAACUUUGCUGCAAGACUCUACUUUGGAUCCAGACAAAGCAAGUCAAGGGUAGCAGCAGCUUGACACAGUCCUAUGGAAGAGUCCUCUGUUGAAAACCUUCAGCCAGACAGACUGGAUGACAGCUGAGUUUUUAGGGCACUUUUCCUUAUGACACAGAACUUUAUUUUUUGCUGUAGCUUUCUCAUGGCUCCAUAGGACUAAGCAAUAAUUUAGAGUGAUAAAUCCUUACUUUAGUACUAGCAGAGAGCCUGGCUAUUUCAGUGGGUAUAAUUUAAACUUUUAAAAGAGAUUCUGUACUUUUAUAAAGAUGUAUUUUAUAUAACUUAAAUACUAAUGCUAAAGUAUACUAGGUUUUCCCAUGAUUGUUACUGUAAUGUAUGUUGUAGUUUGCACAGACUUUCAUGCAUAAUUCACUUUAAAACGUAUAGAAUACGUGGUCUAAUAGUUUAAAGCUUUUGGACAAGUUUCGAAAAGCCUUACCUCUGAAGGUCACUCUGAUUGUGAGGGCCACUGCCACUCCAGUGUUGAAAGUUAAGAGGAGGCAGAGUGCCAUGGUCUGUAUGUAACUGGCUCAGCAGUAGCAGCUCCUCUUAAACUUUGCCCAAAGUUGGGUGCUUCUUCAUCCGAGAGCACUACUAUAAGCACUCUGGUAAUAAGUGGAUACUGUCAAGAUGUAGUUGCCGACACUAUUAAACCUCCUCUGCUGUGUGUGUAGCCGUUUUGUAGAGUUUUCUUCAGCCUGGUGUGACUGAAUACUCACUACCUCAGUAGGAUGGCAGGACUGCGCCUUCCCUGACUCAGCCAGUGCUUUCUAUAAUCAAAGACAAACCAAGAAAUCCCCACUAAGUGUUAAGAGUAAAGUUUUCUGGCCCUCAAGCUCUAAAGGGCUGUGGGCUCUUGACAGCUUUUCUGUGAAACAUGCCUGUAAUUUGUGUGAGACUGACAUGGUGCUCAGUGCCUGUUAUUUUAAAUAGUGCUCAAGCGAUGGAAAGCUGUGUGUUUUAAACAGUGGCUCUGCUAUGGCAGUGGGACCCCCGUCUCAGCCAGAGGGGGUUCCAGACAGUGUUCCCGAUGGGUGUCUUGGGGCUUCCCUGGGUGUGCUCUGGAACCAAAAUGGCCCUCCUGGAAGCUGGAUGCUUUGGCUUCUCACAGAAUGCAUCAUCUGGUCCCAGAGGUCACCAGAGCCACAGUCAGUCUCACUCAUACAGCCUACAGCCCACUUUACUAGAGUUUUGCUGCUCUAGAGUUUUGGAAAAGCCCAUCUUGGGCUUUAACUUAACAGGGUCAAGGCCACUUUCUCCUGUUUUGAUGCAUUAAAACUUGGGAUCCCAAGUUUCAAAUGGGUCGUGACUGGGUUUUACUAUAGAGAGCACAAAGUUGAAGACAGUGCACAGCCCCUCACCCAUCUUUGCUUUUGAGUGUGACAAGCAUCUGGCUUGCAAACCAUGUACAAUAGUUAUUUGCCCUGGUGAAUUCCUCACUGAAGCAAAGCCUGCACAAAUAGCCUAAAUCGGUAGUUGACAGCAGCAGUGUAUAAGACAGUGUAUCUGUCACCUAUACUUCCAACGAUUCGGCUGUUGAAGCCAGUGCCCACAGCACCUGUGUCCUUGUCCACAGCAGGUUUGUUAUCCAUCAGUAGCUAAGUACAGGGCUUUCUGAAAAGCACAGCAUCAUUAAGACCAUUCUGUCUGCACUCAUUUUGUAGCACAUGCACACUUUACAGUUUGUGACUGUAGGAAGACAUACCCAGCAUCAACCAACAAGCUACGACCCACUUUUAUAAUAGUUCAACAUUCAUGUCAGCUAUUAUUUUUUGUUGGAAAGGACAAAAUGAUAUGCCUAUGGAAUCUUUUAUUUAUCUUUGUUUUCGAGACAGGGUUUCUCUGUGUAUGUAGCCUUGGAUUUCCUGGCCUCCCAUUGUAGAUGAGGCUGGCCUGGAACUCACAGCAAUCUCCUGCCUCUGCCUCUGCCUCCCUGAGUGCUGGGAUUAAAGGUGUGCACCACCACACCUGGCUGAAUCUCACUUUUUUUUUUUUUAAAGUAAGACUAUAACUCUUAAAUGUUGUCAACACAUUGGAAUGUAAAUGUGAUGGCUGUGGAUCACAGGCAAGGAAGGAGGUCUAACUUGCCUUUGAGCCCUCUCCCUUACCUCCUCUGCUAACAAAGCUAACUGUUCCUAAUGUGUUAAACAUAGGGAAAGGAGUGUUCAUGUUAACAGCAUCAUGAAUUUAAAACCUGGCAAUUUUAAAGAUUGAAGUGCACAGGGCCAAGCAUGGUAUUAUGCUUAUAAUCCCAGCACUAGCCUGGGCUGUAGCAGUACUCUGAGAUGAACAAGUUCAUCUCACUGAAAAUGACAGUGUGGUACCAGCACUGAGGGCUGCUAUAGCAAGAACAAGACACACAUGGUUUUAACUGCUGGAAGAGUCAUUUGCUUGCUUAGCUAAGAAUUCUGGCCAGGUUAUCAUGCUCAUAUCUAUGAUUGAUUGGCACCUAUUCCUUUAGACAGCUGGGGUAUGAGUUGUGAACUGGAGGUUAUUACAGCACAUGUCCCAGUCACAUUUGGUUUUUCGGUGGCUAUAGCAAGGAUGCCUUAAACAUACACAACUAGUGCUCUACCACUGAGCUAUAUUGCUUGCUCUUGCCAACUCUGCCUUGACUGUGUCGGACACACUCAUAGCAUCUGUUCUGGUCACGUGUUCAUCUGCAUAAAUCAGGUAAACCCUGGCACCUCCCAAAUUCCUCCUUGGGAAUUUCAACUGCUUCUGUAGACCAUAGUGUUAAGCCAACACUAGACCCCUAUAAAGAGCAAAAGAAGAAUUAGUGGGUGCUUCAGGAGCACUGUGAAAAUCUCAUCUGGAUCGACGUAGUGUGUAUCACUAGAACAUUGUCCACACAUGCAUGUGUACUUGCACAGUGGAGAUCAAAUGCAGGCCUUAAACUUGUUAAGCAAGUGCUCUGUCUGCCACUAAGCUACACACAUUCCAGCCUCUGCUGUGUGUUCUACUACCAGGUUACAAAUAAUUUAUCAAAAUUUACAAGUUAAGCCAACUGUUUCAGAAAAAGGAUCCUGCUUUAAGAACAGACUGGUGCAGAAGCAUCGAAGUGCAGUUUCACUUUAUCCAGUAUGCAUGAGCUAUUCACAUCUCUGAUGGGUCCAGGUGGGGGAACAAUUAAAAAGGAGCAGGCUCAAAGACUACAUAAGACAAAGUGAGACUACUUUUUAAAUGGGAUUGUCAAGACAGGCAUUGGAAUUAGUGUCUCCUGGGUGUCUCUGUUGUACUGGGCAGUUGUCAUGAGUUUGGAUCUGAGACCAUACAAAGAGAGUCAUAGAUUAAUUUCCUUUCAGGUCCUCUUUCCCAAAGGAACAAAAUACCCAAUACCUGUUUUGACCAUUCUUAUGUCCCAAAGUUUUGACUUCCUACACCUUGGCCUCAUCCUUGCCCUGAAUAAAUACUGUGUUCAUUAUAGACUCAUGCAAUCCAGGAUUGUGAUCCUUGAAUCCAAAUGCUUGCAGGCAUCCAUACCUGCCUUCUCCAAACCUUGAUAUGGCCCUGCUCCAUUUUCUGAUUCAGAUACCUUGCUAAUGGCUUCUUUUCCCCCUAAGCAUUAUCUGGUUCACCCCUCAAAUAAAGAUUUUCUAUAAUCUAAGUAGAUUGUAUGUCCCCAAACUUUAACCUAGUCAGAACUGGAAUUCAGAGAUCCACUUUCUUCAGCUCAUAUGAGCCUUAAAAUUCUUCCCUUUCUACCAACUCUUGUCAUAUAACUGCUACCCAUGAUUCUGACUCCACUAUUCACUCCCCAGUCAUGGUCUUCCUACAAGACCCUAACUAAAGCAUAGAAAGAGUGCAUGCAUUCAGAUAAACAGUACCUUCCCAGGGCUGCUGUGUGGCUUUAGCAGACAUGAAACUAUUGGACAAAUAAAUGGAGUGGGAUUUUUUUUUAUAUGAAGAUAAGCCCAAAAUCAUUCUUGGAGACUUUGUCUUACAAGAUGAACUCUGACUUCAUAGGUGCUCUGCAAUAAAUACCUCUAUGAAAUGCCCCAUUUAGGAAGAGUACUCAAAAUUACCCCAGGGAGUUAAAAAGAAAGCCUAAAGGGUCAUUAAGCUGUGUGAAAUUGAGAUAGAAAACUAAAAACAUCAAGAGGUUAAAAGUACCUUCACAUCUAAAGAUGUAGCUGUGGUCUGAGUGCUUGUCCAUUUGUAGAAGGCCCUGGGUCCAAACCCUAGCACAGCAUGAUAGCUUACACCUGUGAUCCCAUGAAAAGUGGACACAAGGAAAAUCAGAAUUCAAGAUCAUCCUUGGCUAUCCAAGGAGUUUGAGGCCAGCCUGAGACACAUGAGACCCUGAAAGUAAUGAAAGGGAGGGAGGGAGGGACUCACAAAACAGCCUGACAGAGUUCUGUCAUGCUGUAUGGAUUUUUUUCAAAGUUCAUGUGAUAUCAUAAACAGUAUCUAGGAAAAAAACAAAAGGUGCAGGGGAAAGAAUGAGAAUGUGUGGUCAAUUUGAACGCAUUAAUAGUAAACUCCAAAUUACCCAUUAUGUGUUGGUGUCACAUUAAGGAAAAGAAAUCAAAGCACUUUCCAUUGAUGUCAUUUAACCAAGGGUGAGCCCAGAUCUGAAUUUCUAUUUCAUAUUCCCUGUGUCUUCUGUUCUUGCCCUCUGAAUCUGUUACAUGAGUCAGAAUCUGUGCCUACCUGAGGCUGUCAUGUAAAUCUAUCCCUGUGUGUUCAUCCAUCCCAAAGGGCUUUGCUCUUUAUUGAGCAGCACAAAAAGCAUCCCAUGGGGAAUGAAUGAGUGAUAAGAGAAUUUUUUUUUUCUUCUGUUUUUCAAGGCAAGGUUUCUCUGUGUAGCUUUGGCUGUCCUGGACUCGCUUUGUAGACCAGACUGGCCUCAGACUCACAGAGAUCCUGCCUCUGCCUUCCUCAGUGCUGGGAUUACAGUUGUGCACCACUGUACCUGGCUGAUAACAGAAAUCUUUAACAGAGAUUCACAAAGGAUUAAGUAAGUCACAGACCCCAACUGACCCAGAUAAUGGUAUUUCAAACACUACUGUUUAUCAAUCAAUAUUCAAAUAUUAUGUUCAACAUUUAUGGUGGAUAUUCAUUUUAGAAGGUUGCUUUCAACUUCUGUAUUUUCAGCAAAUGGUACCCAUGCAUUACUCUGGAUCAGGGACAUGAAGAAUACAUAACUUCAGAUUACAGCUGUGCACUGGGAACUCCAAGGACAAGUAAAGGUGACUGUUAGCAUUGUUCUCUUAAAGGUGGGUUAACUAGCUGAGUAUACGGUAGGAUAGGAGGUCAUAAGUGACCUCAGAGGGCACUAACUGCCUGUGAGGGGCAUUAAAAGGUCCAGUCCGGUCCAGUCUCUUGGGAAGAUAUAUUUUUGUAAUAUUGCAUCAUCACAAGAGAGGACCGAAGACUAACAUUAAAUAUUAUUAAAACAAUCUCUACUAUUCCAUAUAGAAGAUGGACUGAAGAAAUGGGAACAGAACCUAGAUAAAGGGCUAAGCCCAUAAAAAUGUCAUAGAUCUGUCCUAUCUACGUGUAGACUCAAACUAGUCAUAGAGAAGAUGGACUGUUCAGGCACAAGCAGGUCACCUGCUAGGGAAAAUUGGGUGUGUUUCUUAACGUGUAUUUUGUACUAGGAUCUGUUUCAAGGGAUCAGAAUUUAGAAAUGAAAAUGUAAAACCAUCAAUCCUUCAGAAGGAAAAAAAAAAAAAAAGCCGGUGGUUUACUGUUUUGGUCUGAGUGAGGAAGACAGUCUACAAGCUGAUACAGAAACCAGCCAAGAACUGGUAUAAGAAAUCAGACCGGAAAACAGCACAGAAAACUGUCAGGACAAAGCCAGGUAACAAACUGGAAGACUAUGCAGCCAGUCACACUUGAAGGAUUACACCCUAAACAGGUGAAGUUCCAAAUACCAUGCAGUAAAAAAGUGCACAAAGAACAUGGAACAAAUUCAGGGGACUCCUCAUUAAGAGUUGUUAAUUUUAUAUAUUUAGGUUAAAAAUGAACAUUUUAAACUUAUAUUCUCUCAGAAUGUCCAAGCCCAGCAUUUGGACACCUUCUAUGAUGGUGAGGUUGUGGGUGAGCAAGCACAGGUGGUAUGUGAUGUGAACUAGCUGCUCUGGAGGGCAGAAUCUAAGUCAGUGCCUUUCAAAACUACAAGUGUGUGUGUAGUCUUUCACUUUUGAAUACUUAGAGAUGUAUGUAUACAUAUGUGAUAUGAUAUGUGGACAAGGUCUAGAAACAACCCAAAUGCUCAAGAAUGGUACUGCUUAACUAAAUAAUGGCAUAGCCAUAUUAAAAAUUCCAAGUACCCACAAAAGUGAAAAAGUUAUCUGGUGAUAUGUGGCCACUGAAAUAUUAGGUGAUAAAAGCAGAUGGUGUGUAUGUGAUGUUAUUCCAAGUAAAGACACAGAGAAAUGAGGCUUUAUAUUUGUACAUAUGGCAUACUGGGGGAAAAAAAAAGAGGUAUGAAUGGAGAUAAAAAAAGCCAGGGGCAGAAGGUAUGUGUGCACACUAUGGGAAGCCGGGAAGACAUUGUAUUUUUAGUAUAUACUGUGUUUUUUAACUAUGUGAAUGUAUCAACUGUUCAGAAAGUUAAAUAAAAGAAGCAUUUUUUAAAGCCUA